UUGUCUUGAAAAAUACUUUCAUAAAAGUAUACAUAUAUCAAUUUCUAAAUAUAUCUUUUAUAAAAAUAUGAGGUCAAAGUUGUGUUUUGAAGACCGUGUUGCUGUCCUAAGCGACUUUUAAAUCGUAUACGAAGGUAGUAAUAAAUAAUUCAGUACCUCACACAUAAAUACAAAAAUGGUUGCCUAACUGCUUAGGUAUGAUUCUGAACGAGCCUACCUCACACCAAAUGUAUUUUUUUGAAUGGUAAUUAAUGUACUGGUUAUCAAGCUUCUAUAUAGAGUGAUGGUAUGGAUACACAAAUAUACUAGCUAGCCAGCAUAGCCUAGUCUAUAUCUUCAUCACCAAGGAAGAACAGCUACUUACUGAUCGAAGUAAUGGCGGCUCCCCUUGCAAAAGAUGAAGAAGAUCACAAGAAACAUGGAGAGGGUUGUAGCCAUAGCCACUUCCUCGUGGUGGCCUACAGCAUGCAAGGCCACGUCAACCCUGCACGCACGCUCGCACAUCGCCUUGCUCAGGUCAGCGGCUGCACCGCCACCCUCUCGAUCCCGCUCUCCGGCCACCGCCGCAUGUUCCCCUCUUCCUCCGACGACGACGACAAGGAGGCCGCCAUCGUCAGCGACGGGCUCAUCUCCUACCUCCCCUUCUCCGACGGCGUAGACGACGGGACCUGGCCCAUCGAAGAGGAAGACCGGGCGCGCCGCCGUGACGCCAACUUCAGAACCCUCUCCGCCAUCAUCACCCGCCUCGCCGCCAGUGGCGGACGGCCGCCGGUGACCACCGUGGUGUGCACCCUCAGCAUGCCGGUGGUCGGCGAGGUCGCGCGCGCGCACGGCCUCCCGCUGGCCAUCUACUGGAUCCAGCCAGCGACCGUUCUCGCCACGUACUACCACUACUUCCACGGCCACGACGACGACGAGCUCCAUCAACUCCUCGCCGCCGGCAGCAGCAGCAACCUAAGGUCCGACGACGACGAGGUCGUCGUCACUCUCCCAGGCAUGCACCGCCCUCUUCGAAUCCGCGACAUGCCGAGCUUUUUGGUCGAGGAGAAGACGCAGGACGGCCUGUCCAAGAUGAUCCUCCAGUCGAUGCGCGGGCUGUUUCAGCAGAUGGACGAGGAGAAGCCGGUGGUUCUGGUGAACACGUUCGCCGCGCUGGAGGACGACGUCGUGCUCAGAGCCGUCCAGCCAUACAUGGACGUCGAGGUCUUCGCCGUAGGGCCAGCAGUUCCAUUAUUGAAGAAGAAGGACGACGGAGGAGCAAGCGAAGAACGACUAGCACAGAUCCAUCUCUUCCAGCACGACGAGACGGCGGCGUACAUGGAGUGGCUGGACGAGCAGCCGGAGAAGUCCGUCGUCUACCUCUCGUUCGGGAGCUUGCUGGGAUACACGAGACGGCAAGCCGAGGAGGUCCUCCACGGGCUGCAGGCCAGCGGGCGACCAUACCUGUGGGUGGUGCGCAGGGAGGGCCGCGCCGAGGAGGUGGAUGACCUCUGCCGCCUGUCGACGGCGGCGGAGAAGAAGGCGGCGGGGAUGGUGGUGGAGUGGUGCGACCAGCAGCGGGUGCUGGCGCACCCAUCGGUGGGGUGCUUCGUGACGCACUGCGGGUGGAACUCGACGCUGGAGGCCGUGGUGAGCGGCGUGCCCAUGGUGGCCGUGCCGAGCUGGUCGGACCAGCCGGUGAACGCGUGGCUGGUGGAGGAGGGGUGGCAGGUGGGUGUCCGGGCGGAGCGGGACGGAGAAGGGACGCUGACGAGAGGGGAGCUCGCGAGGUGUGUGGAGCUGGUCAUGGGCGCCGGUGACAAGGCGGUGCAGGUGAGGGCGAAUGCGAGUGGGCUGAAGCAGAGAGCUCGAGAGGCUGUUGCUGCAGGUGGGCCGCUGGAAACGAGUCUCAGGAGAUUUGUCGAAUUCAUGCAAAAGUAAUAAGUAUUUUAUUUUUGACUUUUGCUAUUUAUCUAUUGAUAUA